AUGAUCACCACCGAAACCACAAAGUUGACGGCUGCAAUAAUGAAGGCAAACAGCCAUUGCAGAGCAACCACCUUAGUGAACAGCUGGCCAAAUCCAAGGCCCAACAUCAGCAAACUGGUGCUCAAACCAAUGGACCAGUCCUGUGACUGGGAAGUGGACGGUGAGCCAAUCGCUGACGUUCUUGAUGGCAACAGUGCGAUGGGUGAAGUAGAGGGCCAACAGGUUCAACAAAUUGAUGACAAGAACCAAUUCACCCAAAGCGAACUUCUCCUUGUGGAAGAAGUAGCACCAAAGAAAAUGCAGGGCAUUGUUAAUAGCAAAAUGAGGGCCCACUAUUUCACUGAUGGCAGCUUUGUUCUCUGCCGCAACAGUCUUGUCGAAGAAGACUUUGAUAAUAAAAAACACUUGGAGCAACAUUGUCACCAGCCAAUAGAUAUCAGUGACAAUGAAGAACCCGGUGAACGGAGUUCUGUAGUGCUUUCCAAAGUGGCUGAACAGGAACAAGAAUAUUGUUCCGUAGCCCGACAGCAGGAACGAUGCGACGAUCAGGGCCUUUUGGGUAAAAACCUUCGAUUCAGUAGUCAUGACGAAGAAAGUUAA